CUGGGAAAGAACCUAACUCUCUGCUUUCAUGAUUAGUCUUCUGUAGAUCAGCAACAGCACACAAAUGGCCUCUAGCAUGAGUCUUUUGUCUGAGGAGCAGCUUCUUUGUCCCAUCUGCCUGGAUGUGUUCGCUCGGCCAGUUUCCACCCCAUGUGGACACAACUUCUGCAUGGCCUGUUUGACGGCUUACUGGAAGGACAAACCAGUGUGCCGGUGUCCCAUCUGCAAGGAAACGUUUGAAACCAGGCCGGAUCUCAAGGUCAACACUUUCAUUUCAGAGCUUGUGUUGCAGUUCGUGUCACUUAAAGUGACAGACGCUCACAUCUGGAGCUCAGACCAACAGCAGGCUGGCUGUGGCGGUGCGGCGCUGUGCGAUAUUUGUACUGACACCAAGCAAAAGGCUGUCAAAUCCUGUCUGGAGUGUCUGUCGUCUUACUGCGAUGUUCACCUGGAGCCUCAUCAUAGAGCUGCCGGACUAAAGAGACACACACUGGUUGACCCCUUGACGAGCCUGGAGGACCGGAUCUGCAAGGAGCACACCAGACUCUUGAUACUGUUCUGCAGAAUCGACAAGGUUUUGCUGUGUGACGUCUGCGCCAGCUCUCGCCACGUGGACCACGACGUUGUCCCUGUGCAGCGUGCACACAGAGAGAUGAGGGCUCUGCUGGGCGAAGCCGAGGACAGAGCGCAGCAGAUGAUCCAGGAGAGGCAGCAGAAGGUCCGAGUUAUGAAGGAGUCGGUGAAGCAAAGUGAGAAAGAAACCAAAGAUGUUAUAGCGAACAGCGUGCAGGACCUGACGGCGCUGGUCUCUGAGAUUCAGAGGAGCCAGACGGAGCUUGUGAAGGUGAUGGAGGAGAAGCAGAAAGCAGCAGAAGAAGAAACAGAUGGGUUUAUUAGCAGCGUGGAGCAGGAGAUCGCCAAGCUGCAGACAACAAGGGUGAAGCUAGAGGAGCUAAAACAGAUAGAAGACCAGUUUAAUUUUCUCCAGAGCUUCCCAAACUCAUCCCUCCUGCCACACACCAUGGACUUGUCCACAUUCAGUUUCAACAGUCACGUUCAUCACAUAGAGAAAUCUUUGAGAAAAUCAGUGUCUCAGCUGAGAAUGCUGCUCAGCAAAAUGAACGCGGAAAUAAAACAAUUAUCCGACGGCACGGACGCGUCGAGCAGCGCGAUGCUGAGGUACGUGCAGCAGUACGAACAGGACGUUGUGCUUGAUCCUGCCACGGCUCACCCUCUGCUCGUUAUAUCCGGUGACAGGAAACAGGUGAGGUACGCAAUGGGUUCCGGUUGGAGCGAGUACCAGAUCCUGGACCCGAAGAUGUUUACCGAACAUCUCGCAGUCCUGGGACACAGGAGCUUCUCGUCGUCUAAGUUUUACUUUGAGGUGUUUGUGGGUGAGAAGACCGAAUGGUGUCUGGGCGUGGCGGCGGCGUCGAUCCCCAGGAGAGGGCCGCUUUUUCGGAAUCCUCACAGCGGACUCUGGGUCCUCUGGUUCCUAGUAAAUAAGUUUGAAUCCUUCGGCGUUCCAAAUGUGCCGGUACACUUAGGAAAGGUGGAGAAGGUCGGUGUGUUUGUGGAUUAUGACAGAGGGCAAGUUUCUUUCUAUGACGUACAGACCGCAACGCUUAUACACUCGUUUACUGAGUGUUUCUUUACUGAAGAACUGUACCCGUACUUUAAUCCCUGUGAUAACGAAUAUGGUUCAAACUUGGACCCGAUGAUAAUUGUUCCUGUCAGUAGGUCCAGUGGUACAGAAUGAACGGAGACUUCAGAGACUGUGUUUGAAUGAAAAAAAAAAAAGGUUCAAUGUAGAUUUUUG